ACUUCUUGCUAAAUGACCCACACAGACACAGCUUUCGCUCUGUGUGACUUACAGUCGUGUGUGUGUGAUCACGAUGCUGCUUGGUCGUUGCUGAAGGUGAGGAUGAGGAGUCCCGCGGUCACUAUGGUGGCGUGAUGAAGGACUCAUCACAAAUAGAAAGUUGAUAGGCUACCUCCAGCGAUGGUCACUGAACUCACCUGAAGUCUGCAGGUGUUAAUGAAUAAUGGAGCUGCUUUGACGACCGGUGGCCACCGGAGGUCGCUGUUCACUCAGAAAGGGGCUGGGCUGUUUCUGUAAAGCCUGCUGGGUCAGGGGGGGUGUAAGGGGUUAAUUCACAGUUAGGCUGGUUGGGUAACUUUGGCUCAGCUGAUGGUUCAUUCAGGUUCCAGCUCUUCCAUUGUCUGUUUUCUGGAUCCAUCUCCUGCGGUGAGAGGUUCGCACGAGCAGGAUUUUAAGAGCCGAGUGGAGCCGAGUGGCAGCGGACUGAUGGAGUGUCGGGACGCCGCUGUUUCUUACCUGAGCUGGGCUCUGAUUGUCGGGGGCGUGGCCUACCUGCAGCACCAGAGGCGGAGCCACACGCAGUACGGUCGCUACGUGCCGGCGGAGGGUCGCUGCUGUUCGGCCAGAGUGGCCUGGUUCCUGCAGGAGGUCCCGUCCUUCCUGCUGCCGCUGCUGCUGCUGCUGCUCACCGAGGAGCCGCACAGCGAGCUGGGGGGGAGCGGACACGGGACCGCGAGGAAGCUGCUGCUCUGCUGCUUCAUGCUGCACUACUUCCACAGGAGUUUUAUCUACGGCUUCCUGACCAGAGGACGACCCGUCCCGCUGCCCAUCGUCCUCUACGCCGCCAUCUUCUGCUCGCUCAACGGCUUCCUGCAGGGACACCACCUGCUGCACUGUGCCCAGUUUGAAGACACCUGGCUGACGGACGCUCGCCUGGCUGCAGGUUUUCUUCUGUUUGCGGUCGGGAUGGUCAUCAACAUCCACAGCGACUUCAUCCUGCGCAGCCUGAGGAAACCUGGAGAGACCGUCUACAGGAUCCCCCACGGGGGAAUGUUUGAGUUCGUGUCUGGCGCGAACUUCUUCGGGGAGAUCGUGGAGUGGUGUGGUUACGCUGUGGCCAGCUGGUCGUUACCCACCUUCGCCUUCGCCUUCUUCACCGCCUGCUCCAUCGGGCCCAGAGCCUGCCAGCACCACAGAGACUACCAGCAGAGGUUUGAGGACUACCCUCGCGGCAGGAAAGCCGUCCUUCCUUUCCUGUUGUGAGGAUGGAAGACAGUCGCCAACGUCUCCAGCUCUUCUUUCAUUUCUGUCUUCCUGUUCGGCUGCGGCUUGUGGACCGGACGAUCUGAUUGGCCGGGCUCAUUACCGGCCUGCGACAGCCACAGAUGCCAUUUAUUGAUUUAUUGACUGCUGUCGGGCUGUAAAGAGGAUUUUAACAAAUACAACAAAAAAUGCUUCUGAAAUAAAUCGCCUUCCCCAGCUUUAAAGGGACAGUUCACCCCCAAAAUCAAAGCUACAGGCGUCUCCUCCCGCCUGCGGCGCCGUUUCUCCGCCUGGACUGUUUCGGUGCGAGCCGCAGAGAUGUCUGCACGCUUCAGAAUCACUUUAUUGAUCCGCGAGGGGAAACUCUUAGUUACAGCUGCUCGCUGUCGCGUCACACAGGACAGGAAGUGCUAAUAGAACAGAAAUAGACAUAAUGAUAAAUGAUUCUGCAAGCAAAUCGAAAGAUGAUACACUAUAAUAAUCAAAAUAAGUACAAGUGGGUACGAAGUAUAAAGCUGAGUAAGCGUCCAGCACAAUGUAAUAAUAUAAGUAAGCCAGGCUCGUCUGGUGCACCUGCUGGCACUCGGCGUGUGGCGGGAUUAGAAAGAAAACAUUAUCACACAUUAUAUUUAAACGCAGAGCUCUCCCCGACACGACGUCACGCAGUGCCAGAAAUAAAAUGAAAGCACAUUUUAAUGUGCGCUCUAGUUUUCUGCAUGUUGUUUUUUCCCUGAAAUCACUUUAAAGUUUGCUUCAGUUCCAUUCGACUGUUUUACUCGUAAAACAAUUUGAAAAUGAAACUGUUUAAUCUUCAUAUAAACGACGACGGUGAUGAUCCACAAAUCCAUCUUUAUAAAAAUACUCUAAGCUGAACAAACUCUAUCAGUUCAGGUUUAUUUAUAUAUUCAUAACAGAAGUUAUCUCACUGCACUUUUCCUACAGAGCAGGUCCCAACAAAUGCCACCAUGAGCAAGCACUUGGCCACAGCGGCAAGGAAACACUUGCUUUACUCUAUCACAGCCUCGCGUCUGCGUUAUAAUUAAACUGCUUUCAGUCGUCUGUCGUGGAAACGAUCUAAUAACUCUAAGCGCUCAGGACUCAAUAAACACAGAGCACAGAAGGGUCACGAGUACUUCUACAUUAUCGUUCACACGUCUUUACCGAAGGCGUCUGCUUCGCCCUGCUGACUCUUCACAGCGGCUGAAGGCAGCAGGUGUCCGAUCCACCUGCAGCCUCUACCUGGGCUGAUGAUGUCAGAUCAGCUGCUUACAUGUUGUGCGACCGGAAAGCUCAGCGCUCGUUCGACUGGUCUUAUAAUGAAUUAUUCUGCAGUUUCUGCUGCGAAUCCACAGACGUGAUGUGUUUUCUGUGCGAUCACGCGUCAGCUGGUUGAGAGAUGUAGAACAAACAGAACAUGAAUAAAGGCGUUUGUCUGA